AACCGUUAUGUAGAGGGAUCGUUGCAUCGCGACGUGUAGUCUGGUUUGCUUCUGUUGAACUGGUAGUUUUGAGCUAAAGUUUCUUAGUGACUCGGUUUGUUAUGUUGCAUAUUUUCGAGCCCGUCACCAAGUAUUUCAAAAUCAAAAAAGUCCGAGUGUACGAUGGUGUAUUUGGGUUGCAUUGUCAAGUGAGUGUGGCGAUCUUAGUCGCGUGCGCAAUCAUCGUGUCGGCGAAGGAGUAUUUCGGGAAGGCUAUAGACUGCGUGUCGGAUGACAAAGACAAGGAUUUCGUGAGCACAUUUUGCUGGGUGGCAGGAACUUACAUCACCGAGAAUUUCCAGCAAACUGUAGGUGCGCAGGCAGCGAGUGUGGGAGUCACAGGAGAUGUCUUCGAUCAACAGAAUCCCGCUGUCCCGUUGCGGAUCUAUCAACGCUACUAUCCCUGGAUUGUCCUUUUCCUGUUCUUCCAGGCUAUAACUUUCUUGACUCCCUCCUAUCUAUGGAAGAUUUGGGAGGGUGGACGACUGGAGCAGAUGUGCGAAGAUUUGAGAUCGGUUUUCGUCCCAGAGGAAUGGAAUAUCAAGAGGAGAGAUCUGCUUAUUUCCUAUUUCUCGAACAAUAACAAGGACAUUCACAUGUGUUACGCUUUGAAAUACUUUUUCUGCGAAUUCUUGAACUGCGCCGUUUGUUGUGUCAACUUGAUGCUUCUGAAUUGGUUUUUUUCUGGUUUCUGGAGUAAAUUUGGGCCUGCACUAGGCGCACUUUCAUUAUACGACUGGGAACUUUGGAACAUCCAGAGCUCCGUGCUUUUCCCUAAGAUGGCUAAAUGCGAGUUUUUUAAGUUCGGUUCAUCGGGAUCUGUCCAGAAUACUGACGUUCUGUGUGUACUACCGCUGAAUAUGUUGAACGACAAGAUUUUUGCAGUCCUUGCUUAUUGGCUGAUAUUCUUAACGGUAGUUUCACUCCUGAACGUUUUCUAUAGAAUAUACAUUAUGUGUUCACCGAAACACCGGCUCCGAUUGUUCCGUGUGCAUCUAAACAGUAUGCCAACUCAUCAAACGAAAUUUAUAUUUUAUGGAAUUAACAUUGGUGAUUGGUUCAUGUUAUACCAAGUAGGGCGUAACAUAAAUCCUACUUUGUUCCGAGAGCUUGCAGAGCAACUUUACAAUAAGAAGAAAGCUAACAUUUCAAACGAUGUUUGAUUUGGUCUAUUCAGAACUUUAUAAAAUGUAAUUUUAUAUAUCUUUGUAGAAGUACACUUUAAAUGGAGUGAAAAAAAUGAUUUGAAAUAAAGAGCCAGUUAUAACUUGAAUUUUAUUACUCAACCGAUUCUAUGUAA